AUGGCUAUCAGAUUCAUCAUCAUCUCUCUUCUCGUUUUCAUUUCACCAACCUCCUCUGCCGCCGUCCGCCACCACCGUUCUCCGUAUCAACCAUCUUCCUCUGAGCAGAUCCGGCAAGCUUGUAAGGCUACUAGGAAUCAACAACUUUGCGAAUCUUCACUCCGCCAUUCUCCCACGGCAAAUCCCUUGGAGAUCGUUAGGUUCGCAUUAUCCGUCUGCUCCGACAACCUCCGUGUUGCCCAGUCCAAGGUGCACUCGAUCCUGCAAGCGUCCGCCGGCGAUCUCAACCAAACCACCGCCGCUAAGAACUGCAUCGAACACCUCCGCAACGCGGAGUACCGUCUCAACUUAACGGCCAAUGCGUUGCCACGUCGUAGGAUCAAGGACGGCCGCGCUUGGACCAGCGCCGCAUUGUUCUACCAGUCCGGCUGUUGGAACGCACUGAAGAACGUGAACAAGACCAACACGAAGAUGAUCAACGAAACGGUGUCGUUUAUGGACACGUUGAUCGGUUACCUCAGCAAUGCUUUGAGCAUGAUGAUGGCGUACGAUGUGUUUGGAGAUAAACUCGCGUCGUGGAUGCCGCCGAAGACGGAGAGAGAGGGGUUCUGGGAGGCAGUCGGCGGCGGGAGGCAACAGUUGGGGAUUCCGGCGGGGUUGAAGGCUGAUGUGACGGUGUGCAAAGGAGGAGGAUGUGAGUAUGGGACGGUACAGGAGGCGGUGAAUGCAGCGCCGGAUUGGGGUGGCGGACGGCGGUUCGUGAUAUCGGUGAAGGCAGGGGUGUAUAAGGAAACGGUUCGGGUGGCGCUUGAGAAGCAGAAUGUGGUGAUUUUGGGGGAGGGGAUGGGCAAAACGGUAAUUACGGGGUGUCUGAAUGUGGGCCAGCCAGGCAUUUCAACGUAUGGCUCAGCCACUGUCGGGGUAGUCGGGGACGGAUUCAUGGCAAGUGGUUUAACCAUCAAGAACACAGCCGGCCCUGGGACGCACCAAGCCGUGGCCUUUCGGUCCGAAAGCGACAAAUCCGUUGUUGAGAAGUGCGAGUUCCUGAGCAAUCAAGACACCCUUUACCUCUACUCCCAUCGCCAAUUCUUCAAAUCAUGUCACAUCGAGGGCAACGUUGAUUUCAUCUUUGGCAACUCAGCUUCCAUCUUCCAAGACUGCACCAUCCUGAUUCGCCCUCGUCAACAGAAUCCCAAGAAGGGCGAAACGAAUACCGUAACCGCACAUGCACGGAACGACCCUGCACAGUCCACAGGGUUUGUCUUCCAGAACUGUUUCCUGAAUGGAACGGAAGAGUACAUGAGGUUAUACCAUAGUAACCCUAAAGUCCACAAGAAUUAUCUGGGAAGGCCGUGGAAGGAGUUCUCGAGAACGGUUUUCAUCGGUUGCAAAAUGGAGGCAUUGAUCACAGCGGAGGGGUGGACAGAGUGGACGGGUGAUUUUGGAUUGAAGACGCUUUAUUAUGGUGAGUUUGGUAACAGUGGUAAGGGGUCCAAUUUGUCGGGAAGGGUGGCGUGGAGUAGCCGGAUUCCGGCCAGGCAUGUCGAUAUGUAUUCCAUCACAAACUUCAUACAAGGCCACCAAUGGGAGCUUACAUCUUAAUUCCUUUUUUCUUUUGAUAAUUAUGGUGUUCUGCCAGCUAAUCCAAAGACACUAGAAAACAGUCACGAAUAUCUUCUUACAGAGGAAUCGAACCGGUGGCUUCUGGAAAGAAUCCCCAAAAGCUUGUCUUAUUGAUAGUUGAGCCAAGCCCACAAUAUUUCCUUUUUGAAACAAGUACUAUUGAGAAUUGUUCAAAAUAGUCAAUUUGACCCCAUCUCUUUACUUAAUAGCCACAUUUUAACUUAUUAACCGAAAUAAUCAAAAUUAUGCAAAUAAGAUUUAUAACCCACUUUUUUUAAUAUAAUAUUAAAAAAAUAUUGCAUAAGCAUACCACCCGAGGAGUGUAUACCACAUAGAUUGUCCACAUAAAUAUACGCAAAUAGCACACAAACAUGUGUAACGUCUACUUUUCUAAAAUAUUAUAUUGAAAAAGUUGGUCAUACAAGUAAAAUAUUAUAUUGAAAAAGUUAGUCACACAAAGUAGCAUAAAUACCAUUUGCAUAAUUUCAACUGUUUCGAUCAAUAAGCUGAAAAGAUGACCAACUAAAAAGUGAAGAGGGGGUGGGAUCAGCUAUUUUGGAUAAUUGCCCUAUAAUGUUUAUAUGCUGCAAACUCACACCUUUGGUUGAGUUCUAUCGAUCACCCGAGUACACAGAACCAAUGACCCCUAGGUCACGUCUUAAUUCUUUCAUUUCCCUUGGAUCUAAUAUUUAGUUGUAA